UUAGGAAAAAAAAAAAAAACUAUUGGAAUAAGGAAGGAGAAGAAAGGAAAAAAAGUUUGAAGAAGAAUCAGCACAAGCAGCAAUGGCAAUUACAAUGUGUAUUUCUGUUUGUUCAAUUUUCAAAGUUUCUUGUUACAGUUACAAUAAGGCAGUAACUGUAUCAGUGCAAAAGAAUGAGAAGAUGAGUGUCCCUUACAAUCUGAAAGAGGGACAAUUUCGUAUUUUCCAUGAACUCUCUUCUUCUGGUUUGAAGAUGGAGGUAAUUGUUCAGAAGAAGAAGAAGAAUGAAAGUAGAAAUCCACCUUUGGUUUUUGUUCAUGGAAGUUAUCAUGCUGGUUGGUGUUGGGCUCAACAUUGGUUGCCUUUCUUUUCUUAUUAUGGCUUUGAUUGCUAUGCUCUUUCCUUGCUAGGACAGGGUGAAAGUGAUCAACCGGCUGAUACAGUUGCUGGUACACUUCAAACACAUGCAAGAGAUGUUGCAGAUUUUAUUCAUCAAAAUAUAAGAUCACCACCUGUCUUGCUUGGACAUUCAUUUGGAGGACUUAUUAUUCAGUAUUAUAUUUCCAAUUUAGGAAAUGACAAACUCAAAGAAAAUUUAUACCCGGAGCUUAGAGGAGCUGCCCUUGUUUGUUCUGUACCUCCUUCUGGUAAUAGUGGUCUAGUGUGGCGAUAUCUCUUUUCCAAGCCAAUAGCUGCCUUCAAGGUGACAUACAGCUUGGCAGCAAAAGGUUUUCAAAGCUCUCUUUCUCUUUGCAAAGAGACAUUUUUCUCAGCCUCAAUGGAGGAUCAUGUUGUUAAAAGAUAUCAAGAACUAAUGAAAGAAAGUUCAAGGAUGCCAUUGUUUGAUUUAAGAAAGCUAAAUGCUUCACUUCCAGUUCCUUCAGUGCCAAACUGUCCUCUUGAAGUUCUUGUUUUGGGUGCAAACAAUGAUUUCAUUGUGGAUUCAGAGGGACUCAAAGAAACAGCAAAAUUUUAUGGUGUGUCACCUAUAUGUGUUGAAGGAGUUGCACAUGACAUGAUGUUGGACACUUCAUGGGAGAAAGGUGCAGAAGUUAUUCUUUCAUGGCUAAAUGGUUUACAAAAGUAAGAAGGAAAAUAGCAGAGGAAAUGUUUGGUUCAUUUUCUCAUUUUUGUAGGAGUGAUUGCUUAAACUCAUUACAAAUGAUUGACAAGUUUCACCAAGCUUCAAGCUGAGGUAACAGAGACACAAUGAGAUGCAAUUUGUGUAAAACUCAUUUCCUUAGCAGAUAUGUUGUGCAUUUAGAGUGUUGUGUCACAAUGAUUUUUUGUUUCAUUCUUUGGCAUGUUUUUUUUAUUACAAGAUAGAAACUUCUGCUAAGUAUGUGUUUUGGUUUUAAUUUUAGAUGUCUCAAAAUUGAUUAAUUGAUUUUGUUUAGGAUUUGUAGCUUUUGGCUCUAAAGUCCAAACACGAUUAUUAUUCAACUCAAGUUUACAUAAAUUUA